GUCCUCUUUGGAACACUCUAUCAGCUGCCUCGCUGCACCGGGGAGCAGCAGAAAGAGCGUGGUCGGGUUUGUGUUUCCCAGGAUUUCCCUUUGAAUCCGCUCCCAGACAGGCCGGAACACCGCCUCGCAUCAAUACUGGUUGUUAUGAAAUGUUUUUGAAACGGACUUGUUUCGUCUGUGUCUAACACAUAGGAAACAAACUCAAGAGGAUGAAACCUAAUAAAGGAAAGACUAUAACUAGAGAGAGAGACUAUGUGUACAAAUUCAGUGCUGGAAAUGAACAUUUUGUGCUUACAGUGCCUCUCAAAUUCCCUGUGCAAGAGAAUAUCAGUCAUUUGCAUGGACGCCUGAUGGUUCUGCACAAUCUGCCAUGCUUUAUAGAAAAUGACCUGAAGCAAUCUCUUAGUAAAUUUGUAGAAGAGGAAACCAUAAAAGAUUAUGACAGAGAAGCUGAGGUGGCUCUGGAAGCAGUGAAAUCGGGAAAAGUAGACAUCAACCAGCUGGCAGAUACCUGGGCUAAAGCUUAUAAAGAGACAACAUUAGAACAUGCCAAACCUGAAGAAACCAGCUGGGAUGAAGAUUUUGCAGAUGUUUAUCAUGAUCUGAUCCAUUCUCCAGCUUCUGAAAUGCUGUUAAACCUGGAACACAAUUAUUUUGUUAGCAUUUCAGAAUUAAUAAGUGAAAGGGACGUGGAGCUGAAAAAGCUACGUGAAAGGCAAGGGGCUGAAAUGGAUAAGGUGAUGCAGGAGCUUGGGAAGUCACUGACUGACCAGGAUGUGAAUUCCUUAGCAGCUCAGCAUUUUGAGUCUCAGCAGGAUUUGGAGAACAAAUGGACCAAUGAAUUAAAACAGACUACUGCUAUCCAGAAGCAGGAAUAUCAGGAGUGGGUGAUAAAGCUUCAUCAAGACCUAAAGAAUCCCAACAACAGCUCAGUCAGUGAUGAAAUUAAAGUUCAGCCCAGCCAGCUGAGGGAAUCUGUGGAAGGAAAUGGGAGAAUCUAUGAAGAGCAGAGGCUGUUAGAAGAAAGCUUUACUAUUCAUUUAGGAGCUCAGCUGAAGACCAUGCACAACCUGAGGCUGCUGAGAGCUGAUAUGUUGGAUUUCUGCAAACACAAGCGCAAUCAGCGCAGUGGGGUGAAGCUGCACAGGCUUCAGACUGCCAUGUCCCUCUACUCAACCUCCCUCUGUGGCCUGGUGUUACUGGUGGACAACAGGAUCAGCUCCUACAGUGGAAUCAAAAGAGAUUUCGCAACCGUUUGCCAAGAAUGCACGGAUUUCCAUUUUCCUGGAAUCCAAGAACAACUUGAAAUUGUCCAGAAGGUUGUACUUAAGGCCAGAGCACAGCGUAGCAGCAAGACAAAAAGACACCACGAAAACAAAAUCAGUGGGAAUGAAGAUAAAUUAAAGAAUAUCGAACGCAACCAGUCGAACAUUUUCCCGGGAGAGUUCUACAUCACAAGGCACUCAAACCUCUCAGAAAUCCACGUUGCCUUUCACCUGUGUGUGGAUGACAACGUCAGGUCUGUGAACGUGACCGCCCGGGACCCGGCCAUCAUGGGGCUCAGGAACAUCCUCAAGGUCUGCUGCACACACGACAUCACCACCAUCAGCAUUCCCCUCCUGCUGGUGCAUGAAAUGUCAGAAGAGAUGACCAUUCCAUGGUGCCUGAAGAGGGCAGAGCUCGUGUUCAAGUGUGUCAAAGGUUUCAUGAUGGAAAUGGCCUCGUGGGAUGGAGGAAUUUCUCGGACUGUACAAUUCCUGGUACCACAGACAAUUUCAGAGGAAAUGUUUUACCAGCUGAGUAACAUGCUGCCACAGAUCUUCAGAGUGUCCUCCACACUGACUCUGACCUCCAAGCACUGAUUUCUGUGUGACACUAACCUGUAUCCUGUAGGCAGAGGAAGAGACUUAGGAGAUUCUGGACUAGGACGUCUCUUUCUUAUGGACUCACGACCCCAAAGUGGCAUUUGUUGCAAUUUCAAGAAUUGUGUUGUAAUAAAAGAUAAAUGUUGUCUGUUCUUGGCUGGUAGCAGCUGAUUUUGGCCUCUUGUUUUGUUUCAGCACAGAAUUGAUGAUGAAUUCCUCACCUUUAUCUGAAAGUCAUUCAUUAUAACUUGUAAGAAAUCUACAGAAAUAUAUAGGUGAUUCUCAUACAUAGGUAGUAGCAAUAAGAGCUUAUGCUAGGACUGGGGUCUUCUGCCUUCUACAAAUAUUUGCUGAAUUUUCUUAGUGACUUUUGGAAGAAUAUGGAGCACGUCAGAAUAACUCAUGGAAUUUGUCAUACUGACCCUGGAAUAAAGUGUAUUACUGCCUCAUUUGUCAUUAUACAUUAUUGUCACAAGUAUAUAUUAAAAAAAUUAAUGUGUACUUGUGACAAUAAUUAGAAAUUUUGAAGUUUAGGUCUUCCUUUUUGCUUUAUUUCCAGAUUUCACAUUGAGAAGUUUAUUAUAUGAAUAACUUUAUAAAAACACUAAAGUGUUCUGGACACUGUUAUACAGAUAAAAUUUGUUGCUUAUUCAUUAACAUUUUAUGACUAAUCAAAAAUGCCAGGGAGACAGCUCAAGAUGCAGGCAUGAAAUUUCUUGGGACAAACUUGAAUCCAAUCAAAAAAAAACCCCAGCCAGACACCCCUGCAUCCCAGUGAUGGGGGAUAAGGGGGGACCCUGGGAGCUGCUUUUCCCCCAUCAUGGACAAUCUUGGAACUCAGCUGUGGACCCAGGAGCUGAAAGCAGCUUUUCCGUGGACACAGGGAAAGUCCUGUCAGGAACUGGGAUUCUCAGGAUUGUCAGAACCACUGGGCUCACAGCAAAGCAGCUGUAGGGGUGAGGGUUCCAGGUAGUGGGGUUUCCAAAUCCACAGUCCUGCUCCGUGGGAAUCAUGGGGAUCCUGGCAGACCCGACUUUGAAUCAGAAACUUCUUCCUAUGUACUGCUGGAAUUCUGCACAAGAAACUAGAGAAUCUGGAAGCCAAUUACUACCCAAAUCAUUUUCUGUCUUCACAGUUUGUUUUUUUUAAUGUUAUUUAGCUUAAUAAAGGCAAAGAUUGAAAAGCUC